AUGCAAGCAAUCAAAUGUGUCGUCGUUGGUGACGGAGCCGUCGGUAAGACGUGUCUCCUGCUAUCGUACACUACAAACGCUUUUCCCGGAGAAUAUAUUCUAACGGUGUUCGACACCUACUCAACAAAUGUGAUGGUCGACGGACGGCCAAUAAAUCUCAGCCUAUGGGACACAGCUGGACAGGAAGAUUACGAUCAAUUCCGCCAACAUUUCCACAAAAAAUUUCCACAAACAGACGUAUUUCUCGUAUGCUUUGCAUUGAAUAAUCCAGCAAGUUUUGAGAAUGUUCGUGCAAAAUGGUAUCCAGAAGUAUCACAUCAUUGCCCAAAUACACCGAUUAUUUUGGUUGGAACGAAAGCUGAUUUGCGCGAGGAUCGAGAUACUGUUGAACGGCUCCGCGAAAGCCGGCUCCAACCAGUGAGCCACACCCAGGGUUACGUGAUGGCAAAGGAAAUCAAGGCGGUCAAGUACCUGGAAUGCUCGGCGCUUACCCAAAUUGGAUUGAAACAAGUUUUCGAUGAGGCAAUUCGUACUGGGCUCACCCCGCCACAAACACCACAAACGAGAGCCAAAAAGAGCAAUUGCACGGUGCUUUAA